AUGGAAAACGGCGGCAUCCCUUCAUCCGUGCACGCAACCGUGUUCAAACAAUCGGAGUCUCUCGAGGGGAAAGGCCAUGAGAUCAAAGGCUACGACUUUAACCAAGGCGUGGACUACCAUCAGCUGCUUAAAUCAAUGGUCUCAACUGGGUUCCAAGCUUCCAAUCUCGGCGAAGCUAUUUCAGUUGUUAAUCAGAUGUUAGACUGGAGGCUUGCUGACGAGGCCAUUGCUGAAGAUUGCAGUGAAGAAGAGAAGGACCCUGCGCAUAGAGAGUCAGUGAGGUGCAAGAUUUUCUUGGGGUUCACCUCAAAUUUGAUCUCUUCCGGCGUUAGAGAUACAGUUCGUUAUCUCCUUCAGCAUCACAUGGUUGAUGUGGUGGUCACAACUGCAGGUGGCAUAGAAGAAGACCUUAUCAAAUGCCUAGCCCCGACUUACAGAGGGGACUUCUCUUUACCUGGCGCUCAACUACGUGCAAAAGGGUUGAAUCGCAUUGGCAACUUGUUAGUUCCUAAUGAUAACUACUGCAAGUUUGAGGACUGGGUUAUUCCCAUUUUUGACCAGAUGUUAAAAGAACAAACUGAAAAUAAUACUCUAUGGACGCCAUCGAAGUUAAUUGCUAGACUCGGGAAAGAGAUUAAAUGUGAAAGCUCAUACCUUUAUUGGGCAUACAAGAACAACAUUCCAGUGUUUUGUCCUGGAUUAACUGACGGUUCACUUGGGGACAUGCUGUACUUUCAUUCCUUCCGCAAUCCAGGAUUGAUUGUGGACAUAGUUCAAGAUAUCAGGUCCAUGAAUGGGGAAGCUGUUCAUGCAACUCCAAGAAAAACGGGGAUAAUUGUUCUUGGAGGUGGGCUUCCCAAGCACCACAUAUGCAAUGCCAAUAUGAUGCGGAACGGUGCAGAUUAUGCUGUUUUCGUCAACACAGCUCAGGAGUUUGAUGGGAGUGAUUCUGGAGCUCAGCCUGACGAGGCUGUUUCUUGGGGGAAAAUACGAGGCUCUGCUAAAACAGUAAAGGUUCAUUGUGAUGCAACGAUUGCUUUCCCGCUGCUAGUUGCUGAGUCGUUUGCUGCAAGGCGAGACAGAACCAUGAAGACAGGAACUUGA